AUGAGGAUCUCUUCAUUGUUUGGGCCCGCGGCGGCCGGCUGGCCCUCGCUCCUCUCGCUUUUACCAACUCUCAAUGCCCUGUCAUUCGAGUCAGUCUCCGUUCCGGAACUGGACCUGACCUCGCUGGGACGGGUAUCAAUCACCGGUGAUUUUGAUGGCGUUUCCCUCUAUCAAUAUAAGGAACAGACCGAAUCAAUUCCUGAUGGCACCCAAGCCCUUCUGACCCCGCUACCGAACGGCAUUCUCACGAAUCUUUCAUCUGCCAAUGCGCAAAUCAUGGCAAUGUGCCCCUUCACUCAAAAGGAUGGGACUUUCGCAGGGAUAUUUGUCGGUGGUAACUUCACCAGCCUGGGCGGAGUCGAUUCGCCCGGUGCUGCUCUAUUCAACCCAAAUACCAGCAAAGUUAUUGCCUUACCGGGCCUUUCAGGCUCGGUAGCGGCCGUGACUUGCGACCAGGACACUAACCGCGUCUACGUUGGAGGAAAAUUCAGCCACGACAACACGACUAACGCACUCGCGUGGGCGCCUGACGAUGGCUGGACUGAUCUCCCGUUCAAUGGUCUGAAUGGCCCAGUCAGCUCGAUUUUGAAGGCUGACAAUGGCCAUAUCAUCUUUGGAGGAUCAUUCGACGCCCUGGGAAAUAGCACCAGCUCCUCAAACGAAAGACAAAUCCUCAACCUUCAAAAUGCGACCGUCACAUCCGAUGCGGACUCUUCUUUGGACGGCUACUCCGAUCCUCGUAACAUCAUUUGCUCGACAAAUGGGGAGGCUGCCAAAGGCAAGACCUAUCUUCUACAUGACUAUGCGCCGGGAUUUUGGAGAGCAGACCUCGGAUUUGACUUUUUCCCAACUAAAAUCCGCCUUUACAACACUCAUUUAGAUGGACGCGGCACCAAGGACUUUUUACUUCGAGCGCUCCCCGACAAUGGUAUCAUGAAUCUGACUUACAUCGACGAGUCAGGAAAAAAGACCAGCUGUGACUCGUCCUGCCCGCUUUCCAGCAACACGAGUGAAACGUACCGUGAAUUCACCAUGGUUAAUCCCGUUGGUAUGCAGGGACUUCAGAUCGAGGUUCUCAGUUGGUACGGACAAGGAGCUGGCCUGAACGGCAUUGAAGUCUUCCAAGAUCAAAUCCUAACAUACGCUGUCGACCAAUACAACGAACCGACAUGCUCAGGCAUUGAAUACCCCGCCAAGUCAACGCGCACUGGCUCUUGGACUGUCGAGUCUGGGUAUGUGUCUGCAAAGGUGACCGACUCUGAUGCCUCGACUACAUCCGUAACAUUCGAGCCUGACGUGAAGAAAUCCGGCAACUAUACCAUCAAGCUAUAUACUCCCGGCUGCAGCCAGGACAACUCUUGCAGCUCACGGGGCAUUGUUAAUGUCACGGCUACCCUUACGAGUGGCUCUGACUCUGACCAGCCCGAUCCGUCAUAUUUCUACCAGACCAACCACCACGACAAGUACGACACAUUCUAUACUGGGUACGUCGACGCCAACAGUGACUCCUUCCGACCAAAAGUUACCCUGCGGGCCAAGGACGGCCAAGGAGAUAUCACCAUUGUAGCGUCUCGUGUCCGAUUUGAACUACUCUCCAGCACUGGCGGUCUCAAUGGACUAUACGAUUAUGAUCCGACUUCCAAGACUGAAACCUCGGAUCUUACAAAGUCGGACAUUAACAAUGCGGGAAUUUCACUUGACCAUAAUGCAACAAUCUCAAUCAUCAAGGAGCAUGACGAUGUGAUCUAUGUCGCCGGUAACUUCUCCGACAGCAAGAUCCACCACAUCAUGUCAAUCAAGGAUGGCAAUGUCACAGCAAUGCCCGGCUCUGGAUUGAACUCUCCAGUACUAGCAAUGGCCACCCUUGACGAUGUCCUGUACGUUGGAGGUCGCUUCACUGAUACCUCAGACGCAGGUUCAAAGGGCCUCCAGCACGUUGCGGCAUACUCAUACUCUUCUAAAGAGUGGUCGGCCCUGGGCGCAGGACUGAACGGCCCUGUCAACUCGAUUUGGGCUGUUGAAUUGAAUGCAUCAACUGCUAUUAACGAAACCAUUCUCGCCGUGAGCGGCGACUUCGACCAGAUCAUUGCUUCCAACGGAAACCCCGCGGUAUCUGUUGCUGGUUUCGCCAUCUGGGUCCCCUCCCACAAGGACUGGAUCCAGAACCUUAAUGUUACCCAGAUGCAGUUCGGUGGUCAACUCUCAAGUGUUGCUUCGCACAACAAUACGCUCAUUUUGGCAGGUAACCUUGCCACCAAUGGUAUCAUCGCUGGUGGUGCGGUGUCCCUGCUAGAUUCCGAUGAUUUGCAGCUCAUUCCUCUGUCGAUGAAGGUUAACCACCAAAAGUCGAGCACUGGUUUGAUCACCGGUGCCUAUGAUACCGAUUCGAGCCGCAAUCUCACUAUCUACGGUGGGCAUUUCGCUGCCGCUGGCAGCAAUGGAUCAACCAUUGAAAAUAUUGCCAUCCUCAACGGUACCGAUCAGAAGAUCUCAGGUUUGCCGCAAGGCGUCGACAGUAACUCAACAUUUGUUUCAAUGCUUGUGUACAACGACACCCUCUAUGCGGGUGGAAAUGUCACCGGAAGCAUCGGUCGUACCAAUCUGAGCGGUCUUGUGGUUUUCGACCUGAAAAAGAAUGAGUUUUCACAGACUCAGCCGGCUUUCUCAGGCUCGGAUGUUUCAGUCAAUGCUGUCGUCAAUCGACCGGGUUCGUCUAAUAUCUACUUUGGAGGAAACUUCGAAGGUGUUGGGCAGUUCCCAUGUAACUCUGUCUGCUAUAUGGAUGCUACCACCGGUGAAUGGGAUCAACCUGGGUCGUCCCUAAGUGGCACCGUGAUUGACCUUAACUGGGCCAGUCAAAAUACGCUGAUGGCUGUGGGCGACCUUCGGGUCGGUGGCAACAAGACCUCAAUUGCUACCUACAACGUGAAAUCCGAAAUAUGGUCAUCUUUCUCUGGAGCAUCCCAGUCAGAUAUCCCCGGAAAUGUCACUACGUUUACUGCUGCUAGCACAGAUCUGUCAAAGUUCUGGAUCGGAGGUACCGCAGCCAAUGGCUCGGCCUUCUUCUUGAGCUACGACGGUUCCAAGUUCCAAUCUCCCGGAAAUCUUUUCUCCGAGGGCACGGUCAUUCGUGGUCUAGAGCUUCUUCCUGUCCUUCACGACCAUUCCGCGGCCUCUCUGUUGAGUAACGAGCAGACGUUGUUGAUUAUGGGUUCGCUUGUGAUCCCGGACUUCGGACAUGCAUCAGCGGCGCUCUACAACGGAACUCAUAUCACUCCAUUUAUCCUUUCCCAGCGAGCCGAUGGCCAACCGGGCAGCAUGUCGAAGUUGAUCUCCGAGAAUAAAAACCCUUACACCAUCAACUCAAAACAUCACUCCAAUGGCAUUGCAGUCUUGGUAGCUUUCUGCUGUGCUCUGGGCUGCGUCUUCCUCAUCGUCCUAGCCGGUGUCAUCCUGAACAAGGUACAGCGCCGCCGCCAGGGCUACGCAGCCGCCCCUCAGACCUUCGGCACCGAUCGACCAUCCGACAUGCAGCGCCUGCCGCCCGAGUACCUCUUCAACUCGCUGCAUCAACCUAACCCUGGUGCCCCGGCCCUUUAA